AUGGAUCUGGUCCAAUGGACAAGUAUAAGGGACAACAACGAGUUCAUAGCCAUCAUACCCGACGGCGAUCUCGUUAUCACUCUCAACAACUCGGAAGAAUGCCAACAUGCGAGUGGGGCACGAUUCCUCGUUUCUUCUCGCCAACUUCGAUCCGUAUCUUCCUACUUCGAGGACUUGUUUACACCGGAACUUAGCGCAGAAAUUUGUAUUGGUGAUGAUGGACGUUAUCAUCACAAGGUCCUGGACUUUUCGUUAGCAGCCAUGAGCCUCGUCAUGAACAUCGCGCACCUCCAGACACAUAUGGUUCCCCGGAAUGUCACGCUCGAAACGUUUAUCAGCAUCAUAACAUGCUGUAAUGAUCUCAGCGUGGACAUUGAGCUCCAGCCCUACAACAACAUUUGGGCGCCGCAGCUAAACAAGCUCGUACGUUCAUAUCAGUACGGACUGGAGGGCAUGAGAUGGUUGCUAUUUGCAUACCUGUGCGACGAUUGGUACAUGUUCAGAACCUCGGCCGUUGCCAUGAUGACCAAAUCGCCAUUGGAAAUCGACUUCCAUGGUCUUCCUUUCCUUCCGGACACGAAGGAAAAGCUCAACGAACAACGAUCCAAAGCAAUUAGAGCACUGUUGAAGGACACCCAAUGUCUGACGAAGCGGCGCCAUAUGUUUGCGAGUCUUGCAGACUGGUCUAUCUGCUUGACCCGAUCAUAG